AUGCUACAUUGGGCAAUUGGCGCUGGCCAUCAAGCUAUCGUCGAGUUGAUAGUCAAAGCCCUGUUAGGUCCUUUAAACCGCUGGGACGACUCUACGGCGUUAGGCGAAGCCGUUGAGAAGGGGUACGAAGCCAUUCUCGAAUAUCUUUUACAGUUAGGGGCGAAGCCACCAAGCAGUUGCUUAGACGACCCGCUUAUCAUAGCAAAUGAUCAAACGGGUUCCUCGUUGUUACAACUCCUCAAACUUGGGAUUCGCCCGAAAUCCGAUGUCAUCUUGUGUCAUGUCGCUCGUAGAAACGAUAUUGUGUCUCUCCAGCUUUGGGUCGAUUUCGGUGUUGAGAUAGCUGAUGGAGUUCGUCCAGAUUAUCAAGACCUCCAGCUUGCUCUCAAGCUGAAGUUUUCGGAAGCCGUCGCUAUUCUGGAGCAUCUAUCUUAUAAGGAAGUUCCGGAGAAAAUGGCCUUCGAAAACUUUGUCCGACAACGAGAGGAGAAGCGGCUUGCGGAUCCUGAUUUCCAGCCGAUGGAAUGGGAGCCCUACGUUGGCCUCUGUAGUCCCUAUGCUGAGGAGCAUGGUCCUGAUCCCGAGGAGAUUGUUUGUUCAGGUAUUCACGACGACGAGAUACAUCUCGAUGAUGUUGACUUCAAUGUAUAUCUUGCUGAUGCUGGUUAUACUACGUAUUCUGAAAGAUAA